GCUGUUUGCACAAUGGCUGGGUGUGCCUUGUCACAUGAACUAUUGAGCAGCUAAGCUAGCUCGAUCUAGAUCUACUGUCAAGUGCAAUAAUGGAUGGAAGUGGAGCUCUCAUUGCAAAUGUCUGUGAUCCCUCAAACAUAACACAGCUCACCAAUGGACCCAUAAUCACUACAAUUAUUUCAUCAGUUGCCUCAGUAAUUGGAAGCGUUCUCAUUAUCGUAUCAUUUGCUGUUUGGUCAGAUCUACGAACUACUGCAAGAGCGAUCCUUGUGUUCCUAGCCAUAGCAGACCUGUGUACGGCCCUUGGCUACUUGUUUGCAUCCAUACUAUUCUUACUGAAUUAUCAACAACUUGGUGACAUAUUCUCUCCUCUGUGCACGUUCCAAAGUUUCAUCACAACUGUAUUCCCAAUAUCGUCUUUCCUAUGGACUACUAACCUAGCCGUGUACCUAUUCGUAUCGAUCACUCUGAAGCAAGUCAAGACAGCUAAGAAGCUAAUGCUCUUGUUUCACAUCACUGCCUGGGGGAUACCAUUGUUGCUAUGCAUACCUGGAGCAGCUACGAUGAUCCUCGGUGGACAAAACGAAACACAAGAUCAAUCGCAAGGAACUGUAGGUUGGUGUUGGGUGUCUUUCGAUAGAAGCUUCAAAAAUGUCACUGGAGAAAUGGAGGAUGCUCAGCAUCGCCUUGUGAAGCUGCAUGCACUGGAGUUUGUGUUUGGGAAAUUCUGGGAGAUAUUAGCCGGUGUCGUUGCAUUGAUUCUAUGCAUCAUUGUCAAGAUCUCAGUUCAAAAGAAGAAGAAACAGGUGAGAUUGAGUGAGGAUUAUAGUGUCUAUGGAAGUGCGAAUGCUGGACGUGUACAAGCCGCUCUCGAGCAAUUGGACCAGAAGUUGCUAUGGAUACCCAUCUUCUUUAUUCUGUUUCGAAUCUGGGGAACGCUGAGAUGGAUCAUAUCCUCCACGUACUCUGAGUGCAUCACAGUGGACUUAAACUGCAGUGUAGAGUGGGGUGAGAUAUGGUUCAAAGAGGAGUGCUUGAACGUCAUCUACGAUCCUUUCCUGGUGUACAUGCAAGCAAUAGGUGACCCAGGCCAGGGAUGGGGGAAUGCACUGCUGUAUGGACUAUUUCAUGCGACCAUUUUCAAGCGAUUGUGUCCCUGUGUCUUUCUUUGCUGGAAAAGAAUCAAGAAUAGUUUCACGGCUUUUCAAAACAGGAAAGACUAUGCUCCAAUAAACAAUUUCAGAGAGAACAAAAUAGCGAUGAAUGUGUCGCAAGAGACUCCCACUGCUGUGGAGGUGCUGGCCAGUGGGUCCAAGAGUGUGGACUGUGUGCCAGUGAUACCCGAUAGAGGCUCUAUCAAUAGUAAGACUUGAACCGUCGGAUUGUUUGUCUUUUUUGUGUGUUUUAAUUCUCAUUGUGUGUUUUUAACAAUGCAUUACUCAACUAUGUGUCUAAUGGCUUCAGAGUGCAACAAUGAUCUGGUUGCACGCACGUGUUGUGCUGUACUUG